AUGGAUGAGAAGGGGAGCAUCACGUCGGAGGACUGGGAAGCCUUGAGGAGGUUCAAGAAGUCUUUCGGUGAAGAAGCUUCAAGAUACUCAAUGGUGCUGCUUAUGCAUGAAGACAAUGAGGAAUAUCUCUGUUUUGGUCAUUCAGCUAGACCAGGUGAUGGUGGUCUGCAGGACUUUAUUCGAGACUGUGGGGGCAGGUAUCACUUCCAUAGCCAGAGAAGCCAUACACAAGUCACUGAGCUUCUGGAGAAGAUCCAGGAGAUUGUGGAUGAAAAUAAAGGUUACUUCACUGUUAAACAGCCGGAUAUUGCGUGGAAAGCAAAAAAGAAAGAAGUGGCAUCCAGCAAAGAACUGUGGGUGGCUAGGGAUGACCGACUGAACGUGGUGUUGUUUGGGAGGAGAGGAGCUCAAAAGACUUCUGUAGUAAACACCAUCAUGGGACAGAGGGAGUCCAGUGUGGAUCCCAGCCCCUCUUCAGUGUGUAAGAGGAGAGAUGGAGAAGAGAAUAAAGAUACUCAGAUGCUUCUAAAGAUGUGUGGCAACAGGUUCUGUGUUUUCAACAAGAAGGACUUUGUGAGUAACCCAAUAGUUCCAGAGCUUCUGAAGGCUAUAGAGGAGAUGAAUAAAGCAACAGAAAGCUGCUUUUCCCUGGAUAUGUACUGGGAGGCACAGCUGGAUAGGAAGGUUCAAGAGCUGGAGUCCAGGCACAAGACUGAGCUGGAGGAGAAGGACCAGAAUAUAAGAGAAUUAGAAGAACACAUUCGGGGCCCAUCAAUGGGUGUUGAGGAUAAAGAUCAGAGCUCUGACUGUGUGAGGAUUGUGCUCGUGGGGAAGACAGGAAGUGGAAAAAGUGCCACAGGAAACACCAUACUGCAGAGGGUGGCGUUCCUGUCUCAGUCCAGUAUGACAUCAGUGACUACCUGCUGUAAGAAAAGAGUAGGGAAAUUUGCUGGCAGGCGUGUUGCUGUAGUUGACACACCGGGUCUCUUUGACACAGAAGUAUCUAAUGAGGUGGUCCAGCAGGAAAUAGCUAAAUGCAUCUCCUAUUCGGCCCCAGGACCUCAUGUGUUUCUCAUAGUGCUAGCAAUUGGGAGAAUCACACAGGAAGAGAAGGAGACAGUGCAGAUCAUUAAGAGUACCUUUGGUAAUGCGGUUGAAAGGUUUACCAUAGUUGUGUUCACAAGAGGGGAUGAUCUUAAAAAUGAAUCCAUUGAAAGUUACAUUCAAAGAGGUGACGCUACAAUCCAAAAUCUGAUUCAAGACUGUGGAAAUAGGUUUCAUGUCUUCAAUAAUAAUGCCGUGACCAACAUCACCCAAGUGUCUGAGCUGCUGGAUAAGAUAGACACGAUGGUGCAGAAGAACGGAGGAGGCUGCUACACCAAUGAGACAUUCCAGGAGGCAGAAUUUGCCAUAAAGAAACAAUGUGAGAGAAUACUGAGAGAGAAAGAGCAGCUGCAGGAAAAACAUGAAGAGGAGAUGAAAGAGAUGACAAGAAAGAUGCAAGAGCAGCAACAAAAAGUAGAGAAACAUGAAACAUGCGAGAGAAAAAUGCUGGCCAGGCUGCAGGAGGAAUUGAAGAGGGAGCAAGAAGAAGAGAUCCAGAAGAGAAAGAAGGAAGAUCAGGCCAGGAGGGAAAGAGCAGAAAAAGAAAAACAAGAAAUGACAGAAAACUAUGAAAGACGAAUGAAUGAAUUGACCAUGAAAUAUGAUGAUGCUCGAAAAAAAGCAGAGGAAUUUAAUGAGUUUAAAAAGAAAUAUGCGGAAGAGUGUAAACUGAAACCUGAGAAACGCUGUGCUCUCUUGUGAUAGAUGCUGGAACAUACCAUUACUCAAGUGUAGAUAAAGUUCUUGAGCCUUUUAAACAAAUGAUCUUUCCCCCCGUUUCUGCCCAAUUUGGAUCUCUUGGAGAAAACUGCUGAUCAUAGUGGUUAAGUGGUUAAGGUGCUUGACUGGGACCUGAGAGGUUGGUGGUUCAAGCCCCAGCGUAGCCAUUCAAUCAGGGUAGCUGUUGGGAUCUUGCGGCCCUUAACCCCACAUUGCUCCAGGGGGGUUGGCCCC